ACGCGGUUGGCGAAACUUCAAAGUUAAUUGAAGGGAGCUUAGAUAAUGCAGAAGACAUUGCCAAUAAUGGUCAAGGAUCAUCCGAUCGAUCCACAAAAAACUCUUCUCGAAAAAAAGUCAAAAUAAAUAAAGCUACCAAGCAAGAUGUAAGCGACGAACAAGAUAAUUUAAGUUUGAAUAACAUUAAUUCCCUAAGUAACAUUCCCGACGAGAAAUCGGUGUCUUUAAAUGGGAAGGUUUCCUCGCAAAAGAAAAAACACAAUAUAAGAACGACAUCCGCUCGUCGAAAGAAUAUGUCUCGAAAAUCAUCUCAUGAGGAAGAUGACGCCAAGGUGGUAUCCGAGAACGUCGCCGUUAAUUCUCCUCAUAUUAGCAUUGAGGAACAUAAAUCGAAAGCUAAUGGAAACUUAACUCCGCAAGCAAAUGAGCCAUCGCCGAAAGGCACGGUUAAAAAGGAAUCACCUGCUAGGACCAAAAAAAGACGUACCAAGGUUCCGGAUCAAGAAAUUUUAGAAGAAAAUUUGAAAGUCACAAAUUCACCUAUAAACCAAGAGGCGACAUUGAACAACGGCAUAUCUUCUCCGCAAUCUCCGACUAAUGAAUCGGGCAGAUUGAUUUUGCAUGUUGGCAAACCACCUGGAGACGACUUCGAGAACAAAGAAGAAAAUGAGUCAAUAAACAUAGCAACACCAAAGACCAUAGAAGGUGAUGAGGAUUCAUCACCACCGAGUGCAACCCCGACAAGGCCUAUACGGAAUAGUACGUCUGCACAAAAAGGAAAGAGCAACGUUGCGCCGAUAGGAGGGAGAAAGCGCUCUCCAUCCUCAAGAGCAAGGAGGAGUUCCUCGAGAAUGAAAUCUCGUUCUUCUCCAUCAAGGGGAAGAUCAAGGGGCGUAAAGGCGACUAUGACUAUUGAUGAGCUCGAUUCCGAGAAAGAAUACGAAAUGUCGACUUCACAAAUUGACCGUGGAGAAUCGUUAGGUCCAUCACAAUCGAAACCUGCUGAAGCUAACUUACCUCGAUCGGGACGACGGCGUACUAAAAUCCAUGCAACUUAUUCGGAUGAAGAAGAUGGCUUAGUCCAAACCGAUGAACUUCAAGAACCUCAAUCUGUUUUGUCAACCUCAUCACGAGGGAAAGUAAGGAAAGGAAACAAAGAAUCGAACAAUUCUAGUAUUACCUCUGUAAAACAACGCACGAGAAAAAAAACACUUAGUAUUAAGGAAACCGAACCAUCAAGAGCUCGGAAAAAACCUCCAAAUAAGAUUAAGACGAGUGACGCGGAAAGCUCUGAGUCCGAUUCAUCGGAGAAAGAUUCAUCCAAAGAGCGACAGGAUGAAAGCUCGACGGAUGACGGCCAAGACUCGGGUACUUUGACCGACUCAAAUCUGGAACAAUCGGUUGUAUUAGAUCCUUUCGGUGGAAAAUUAACACCAGAGGAGGCAGACACAUCUAAGACAAUUCCCGAUCAACAUGAUAAGGCAAUGUUCGAAAGUGCAAAGAUUCAGGUGGAAGCGAAGAUGCAACCGAGGGAGGAAAUAACUAUGGAAAUUGAGGAUCAAUCUCAAGUUUUUGCCGAUGCCACACCUAAAAUACGGACAAUUAGAUUUGGCGAUUGGGAAAUAGACACCUGGUUCGUUGCCCCCUACCCGGAGGAGUAUAGUGUGAACUCGGUGCUCCAUAUCUGCGAAUUCUGCCUGAAGUAUAUGAAAAGCGAAUAUAUCGCUGAUCGACACAAGUUGAAAUGCCCGAUGAGGAAUCCACCCGGUGACGAGAUAUAUCGUGACAAUGCCAUUUCUAUUUUCGAAGUAGACGGAAGAAAAAAUAAGAUAUAUUGCCAAAACCUUUGUCUUUUGGCAAAAAUGUUUCUUGAUCACAAAACUCUUUAUUACGAUGUUGAGCCAUUCCUUUUCUACGUGAUGACGGAAUCGAAUGAGACGGGAUGCCAUUUUGUGGGAUAUUUCUCAAAGGAAAAACGUUCCCCAUUGAAUUACAACGUAUCAUGCAUUCUCACUCUUCCCAUUCAUCAGCGGAAAGGAUACGGAAACUUACUUAUUGAAUUUAGUUACUUACUAUCGAAAAAAGAGAAUAAAACCGGGUCCCCCGAGAAACCUUUAUCUGAUCUUGGGUUGCUUAGCUAUCGCUACUAUUGGCGAAAUGUGCUUUUUGAGGAGCUAAGUCAGCCCAUGGAGUCUUUGAGCAUUCAAGAAUUAAGUCAUAGGACAAGUAUGACCGUCGACGAUAUCAUUGCCACUCUCCAAAUUAACAAUAUGAUCGAAAAGAAUAAGAGUAGUGGCACUUAUUGCAUUAUUGUAAAAAAAGAUGUCAUUGAGGGUCACCUGCAAAAGGUGUCAGCGAAAGGCUAUCCGCGAAUAAAACCCGAGAAUCUUCGAUGGACACCUUUCAUUUUAACCCGAGCCCUAGGAUUACGUACGAAUGACGACCAAGAGGAAAUAGACGACGGUGUUGGACAUGUUCUCGGGAAUGACCGAGAAGACGAUGAAGAGAGUAUGAAAUGGGAGUAG